UUUAUGCCGACUCGUCGGCCGACUCGGCCGACGAGUCGGCACUUAUGUUUAUAUUUUCAAAUCAUGCAAAACACACACGGCGGCGGUCGUUGCUAGACCGUCUCGGCACGUAGUCUACACCAAGAAACGCGUGGCGUUUUAUUGCCGGAGCGGCGCUUAUUUACAUGGGUUUAUAUAGGUACUGACACACACAUCGGUUUUCGUCCGCGUUUUUCACAAACAGCGUACAGAUUUUGCAGUAUCAAGUUAGAAAUGGCUUCGAAACAAGCGUUGCAGCUUAUAGAGAAGAAUCUUGAUAUUGAGAAAUUGAUAGACGAAGUACAUGAUCGUCCAGCAUUAUGGGAUAUGACCCAAACCGACUACAGUGAUAGAAUCAAAAGAAAACAAUGCUGGGAAGAAAUUACAGAGCUUUUUGGUUUUGGUAGUGAGCUGACUUUGGAUGAUAAAAAAAAAUUAGGAGACAUAUUGCAUAAAAAAUGGAAAAACAUAAGAGAUCGGUUUACAAGAGACAUUCAAGACCGCAAAGGUAAAAGUGGAGACGGAGCUCGUAAAAAAGCUCCCUACAUGUAUGGACGGCAACUUGAAUUUUUGAGGGACACUGUGACACCAAAAAGAACAAUCACUUCGAUAGAACAUAGUAGUACCCAAUCCACAGAAGUUCAAGAAGAACGUCAAGAAGAGAAAGAUGAAGACGACGAAGAAGACGAUGAUGUCCAGGAAUCUCCAUCUGUUUCCUCCAGCCGUGCUUCUACACCAAACGUUGCACGUACACAUGUGGGCAAAAAAAGACUACACCCUGUUGAAGAAAAGAUUUUACUUUCGUUAGAUAGGUAUGAGAAAAGAGCAAAAAUGGACAAAGCGAAAGAAAAGGUUGAAGACAAUGAUAAUCGGCACUUUUUGUUGUCUUUGGUGGGAAGUCUUGUAUCAUUACCACGACAUUUAAAUACAAGUUGCAGACUUGAAAUUAUGCAUUGCAUUAACAAGUACGAAACUAUGGCCCAACAACAUCAACAACCAUUAGCAUAUCCACCUACAACUCACUCAUAUGGAGGUCAUCAGCAAUAUACUCCCCAGCAUCAACAGCAUUCGCAACAACAACCACACUCCUUUGAACCGAUACACCAGACACAAAUGUACGUCCAACGCCAAUUGCAUUCAUCUUUACAUACUUCAAAUCAAGUACAAUCUGAAUCACAACAGUACGAGCCAAGAAGAUUUGUGACUCCUGGUCCAGCUCCAUCCCCAGCCGAGUCGAUUACAUCGUAUAUUUCUCAUUUUAGCGACGAAAAUGAUUCACAACUGAAUAAUUGCUAAUUAUUAAAAAAUGUUUGACUCAUACUUUCUUGAGACUUUUUAUUUCUGCAUUACGCAUUACCUUUC